AUGGCAGACCCCAGAGCAGGGCUAUGCACCCGCGAUGGUGAAGAGCAAGGCGACCGGAAAGGUCAUCAUCAAGGUAGCCACCGUAAAGGCCUCUCCGGAACCGUGUCUUCCCAAGAAACCGGAACACCAAUGCAAGCCGAGCUACGCAGCGGUGGUUUCCUCGACUCCCUUGAGGUCGAAACUGUUGGUACCAGCAGGACCGAAACCGGUAAAGAAGCUCGGAACCAAGGGGAGAUCCCGCAAGCAUUCAAUGGCUGGGGUGCAACCAAUGGUGCAGAUGGCAGAGCCCCCAUAGUUAAGUUUAAUAGGAACCAAACUUCACUUCCGAUUGUGCCACUAAGGGCAGUAACGGCCGUGGGGCGACCGUUUAGCGCCACACCUAAAGCAAAAAAGCAUACGCAGGUAGGGCCUAGGGUGCAACCAAAGCAGGAAAAACUAUUGACUCCCCCGACUAAAAUCGUGGACCUGACACUGACGCCGAUUGCGACCACCAGGUCUUCUCAGACCCCAGAGUAUAGAAACACCGAAAUAGGGGCCCAGAGACAAAGCCCGGAGCUAUAG